UCUUCCUUCUUCUUCUAUAUAAAUCCGAAAGAUAGAGAGAGAAACAGGCAGCCUUCUCCUCCGUAAAUCCUAGAUCGCUCCUCCACCCUCCGAUUUUCAUCAAGCGGCUGGUGAUCCAUUGAUCGAGCAGCUAUGCCCUCUGCCAAAACGUUGGAAAAUGCAUGUUCAGCAAGCAAUAGUUCAGCUGCUAAUAAUAUCAACAUCCACGCAACCACAGCCGAUGCGCUGAAUUAUUUGAAGCUUGUCAAGGUUGCCUUCCAAAAUGAACCCAGAAAAUAUGACAUAUUCCUUGAGACAAUGAAAGAUUUUAAAAGCCACAGGAUAGACACCAGCACUGUGACAACAAGGAUCAAAAAUUUGUUUUCUGGCCACCCGGAGUUAAUUCUGGGUUUUAACUUCUUCUUGCCCAUAGAACAUCAUAUCACUAUCCCUGCUGAGGAAGUAGCUGCGCACUAUGUGGACAGAGUAAAUUUGGGAGAUAUCUAACUGUAAUUUAUGGUGACCUGUCUAAUUCUAAUGUUGAGAAAUCCUCAUGAUGCUUCAUUGAGCUUGUUGGACUUCGUUAAUACUGCAAAGCUGAUGCUGGAGAAUGAUGUGACUGCUUUCUAGUUCUCCAAUGUAAUGUGCUUUAAUGUUGACAGUUUGGGCCAAUGACUUUGUAUAUCUUUUUAUCUUUUCUAUUAAAAAAAAAAAGAUUUUUCAUACUUUGCAGUUGUAUUACCACAAUGAUUGAUGGUAGUGAACGUUCAUAUUAUGCAGCAAAGAAGGCUGAGCUCCUACUCUUCCUCAACUAUAUUUU